GCUUCAGAAUUGUUUGGCGAGGCACCUCUGAGUUCUGUGCAUGUUCUCAUUUCUUCAGAUUUGCUAACACUAGAAAGCUAGUACGAGUAUGUGCAGAUACGGUUGACUUGAAAUUUCAUGAUGUUUCUUUAGCUCAAAUCGUUUGUCCGAUUUCCGCUCUUCAUCCGUUGACUGUAGGUCUGUAGCGUUGUUGCGGUGGCGGUACAGGAUAUCAAACUCCUCGCUCAUGGUUGCUACUAGUUCCGCUUAUCACUUUGCUUCAUUUUUUGAUAUUUUACUCUCAAGUCUAUCCGGGGGAACUCUUUGAAGCAGUGAAUAUCACCAACCAUCGAUGUUCAAUCGGACGGUUUUAGCGCAAAUUUCUUCUGCUCGACAGAGUACACAAGUGGAUCAGUGUUGAUCUAAAAAAAAGCGGAUUAGUACUGACUACACCGAACAAGGGCAAUAGACAGAAACCAGACAGGGGAUGGCUACGGCGGCGGCGUGGGACGGCCCGACGGCGGCCGAGCUGAAGGCGGCGGGCGCGGAGGCGAUCCCCGGCGGCGUGCGGUUGAAGGGGUGGGUCAUCCAGACCAACAAGGGGCCCAUCCUCAACUCCGCCUCUGUGAACCUCUUUGAAGAUAAACUUCAAACAACACAUUUACCUGAGAUGGUGUUUGGAGAGAGUUUCUUGUCUCUUCAACAUGCUCAAACUGGCAUCAGAUUGCAUUUCAAUGCGCUUGAUGCUCUCAAGGCAUGGAAACAAGAGGCAUUGCCGCCCGUUCAAGUUCCUGCUGCAGCGAAAUGGAAAUUCAGAAGUAGUCCUUCUGAUCAAGUGAUACUUGAUUAUGACUAUACAUUCACGACACCAUACUGUGGGAGUGAUGCCCUGGUUCUGAACCAAGACACUACGCAAACAAGUUUAGAUGAAUGUAGCAGUUUGUGUUGGGAGGACACUGAUGACCAGAUUGACCUUGUUGCCCUUUCUGCCAAAGAACCAAUUCUUUUGUAUGAUGAGGUUAUCUUGUACGAAGAUGAGUUAGCUGAUAGUGGUAUUUCAUUCCUUACGGUGCGAGUGAGGGUGAUGCCAACUGGUUGGUUUCUGCUACAGCGAUUUUGGCUUAGGGUUGAUGAUGUACUUAUGAGAUUGAGGGAUACCCGUUUGUAUUGUUCUUUUGGAAGUAACGAGGAAGUGAAACCUGUGGUACUGCGUGAAAUCUGCUGGAGGGAAGCAACAUUUGCUGCCAUGGAUGCGGAAGGAUAUCCUUCCGACUCUGCCGCAUAUGCAGACCCCAAUCUCGUUGCUCGUAAGCUUCCAGUUGUGACGCAGAAGACUCAAAAGUUGAAAGUACCCAGUUAACCUGCUAACUCACAGUGAGAUUGUUCGAUCAUGGAUUCAUGGUCUCAUUCCAUUUGCAUGUGUUGUAGAUGUACGUGCCUGCUGCUUUUCAGAUCAAAAUUCUUGUGUUAAAUCAUGGUAGGCCAUUGUAGGCUGGAGUCAUGAACUGUCAUCAUGCUUGAAUAAGAUGCUGGCAGGCUUUAAAUUUGUUUUCCUCGUUUGCCAUUGUACUUUUGUGAGAGUGGACUUGCGUCCGUUGAUCUACCGUGUUUUCGGAAA